AUGAGUCUUUACGGUAUGAUGCGCACCGGCGUGUCCGGUAUGCAGGGGCAGGCAAGCAAGCUUUCCACGGUCGCCGACAACAUCGCCAACUCCGCGACGACGGGAUACAAGAAGCUCGGCGUCGAGUUCUCGACGCUGGUCGUCAACAAUCUUCCCAACAGCCACAAUUCUGGCGGCAUCGUCACCAAUGUCCGCCAGCACGUCUCCCAGCAGGGCGUGCUGCAGUUUACCAGUUCGGCGCUCGAUCUGGCCGUCGAUGGCGGCGGCUUCUUCGUUGUCAAGGAUCAGAACGGCAGUUCCUUCAUGACGCGCGCGGGCGCUUUCGUUCCCGAUGCCGAGGGCCGUCUGGUCAAUUCGGCCGGCUAUUUCCUGGCUGGUUACAGUUACGAGAACGGCGAACCGGCCGUGACCGCCAACAGCCUCGAAGGCACCGAGAUCGUCCGCCUGGACAAUACGGCAAUGGACGCAACUCCAUCCCAGUUCGGCACAUUCCAGGUGAACUUCCCGUCCGGCGCGCCCGUCGUCACCGGUACGCUGCCGUCGGCCAACGCCGCCACCUCCGAAUUCUCGCAGAAAACCUCGAUUCUCGCCUAUGGCAAUCUGGGCGACUCCCAACUGCUCGACGUUUACAUGACCAAGACCGCGGCCAAUACGUGGGAGAUCGCGGUGUUCGAUCAGUCCCAGGCGGCCGCCGGCACCAACUUCCCCUAUGGCGCCGGCCCGCUGGCGACCCAGACGGUCACCUUCGACGGCACGACCGGUCAGUUGAGCGGCGCGACCAGCUUCACCGUACCGGUCCCCAACGGCCAGCCGCUAGAGUUCGACAUGACCAACUCGACGCAGCUUGCCACCGACUUCACGGUCGCCGAAGUCAGUGUUGACGGCAAUGCGCCCGCGACCGUCAAGCAGCUCAACAUCGGCGCCGAUGGCACCGUCUAUGCGCAAUUCGAGAACGAGACGCUGCGCGCCCUGUUCCGCGUGCCGCUCGCCAAUGUCGUCAGCCCCGACCGGCUGACCUCGCUUUCGGGCAACGUUUUUGUCGCCAAUCAGGAAAGCGGCGAUGUGCGCCUCGGCUUCCCCGGUGAGGACGAGUUGGGCACGCUGGUCUCCGGCGCGCUCGAAUCCUCGAACGUCGAUAUCGCCGAGGAAUUGACCGAAAUGAUCCAGGCGCAACGCAACUACACCGCCAACUCCAAGGUAUUUCAGACCGGAUCGGAGUUGAUGGACGUCUUGUUAACACUCAAGCGUUAA